UAAUCAAAUCUUUUUUUUUAACCUUUACACUCAUAACAAAUUGUUAACUCCAAACUUCUCCUGAGUCACACGUUUAUUUGAAAUCUACCAACUUUUUUAUGUUUUUAGACUGUUGGACUUGUCUGAUGUAUACAAACACAUGAGAGCGCCUGCUUCACUGGUCUUCAUUCAGUAAGAGCCGGGAUGGGACUGCUCGCCCCCCCCCAACAACCCACACACCCUCCAUCUGCUUACUGCCCCCUCUCUGUCUGCAGCCAUCCCAAAACAAGCCGUUGUCUCCAAACACAUCGUCUCUGUGUCUUUUGAUAGGUAGUUGAUAACAGACUUACAGACUGAUGGGGCUGGCUGACCUUGCAGUAUAUAAAGGGAAGACGGCAGACUUGUCACAUUCAGAGAAAGCUCCAGCCCUCACUUUUUGGACUGUCUGGACUUGAGGGGAACCUUUCAGAAUGGCUGCAUUCUUCACAGUUGUUUUCAUGGCGUCCGUUUUGCCACUACUGGCCUUUGACAUCAGCCAGUCCACGCGCUGCGUUGCCAUCCCCAACCAGAUGAAGGUCUGCCGGGGCGUUGGGUACUCGGAGAUGAGGCUGCCAAACUUUUUGGGCCACAGUAACUUGGAAGGUGAGGUGGUGCCACAUUCGGAGGAUUGGAGGCCGCUGUUGCAGACGGGCUGCCACCCUCAAGCUCAGGCCUUUCUCUGCUCCAUCAUCGCCCCUGUCUGUCUUGACGCUUUUAUCCAGCCCUGCCGUAGCCUGUGUGUGGCAGUGAGAGACAGCUGUGCCCCAGUGCUCGCUUGUCAGGGACAUCUGUGGCCUGAGGCUCUUGACUGUGACCGCUUCCCUGAUGAGGAAGACAUGUGUCUAACUCCCUAUGCAAAACUCAACCACUAUUCUAAAGAUGUGCCUAAACCUGCCUGCCAGAACUGUCCAUCUGUAGAAGAUGCUCCUGCAGUGAAAACAGUCUUAGGCGCAUUUUGUCGCCACGACUUUGCUGUGACUGCCAGAAUUCAUCGUUCUCGGCAUCCUGGGGACGAGUCUGAAUUUCAAAUCGAGGGCCGAGUGGAGUUCAUCCGUCAGGGGCCUCUGUUGCCCUACGACACCCAGCAUUUACUGCAGCAGUGGCUCCUGAUUAAUGUCAGAUGUGCCAGCGCCCUUGUGCGCCCGGCGCGGUCACAGCUUUAUGUGCUGACGGGGUCUGUGCUGCCAGAUGGCACGAUUGCUCUCACUUAUCUCUUCCCCUGGCACAAAAAGGAUGCUGGCAUUGCACUGGCCACGCGAAAGUGGAAACACCACAGAUGUUAAAAGAAUGUUUGGAAGAGCAAAAUUACUUAAGGAAAAAUAUGAAUUUGAUACCAUUUAGUGCCCCAAACAUCUGUCUUCAUUUCCACAAGCUGUAAUCGGAUGCACUCGACCUUGUAAAUAGCUUUAACUGUAGAAUGAUAUAUUUCAAUUUUUAUAAAGUUAUUUGUUGUAUUUAUGUAAUCUUUUGUAUUAAAAGUAGUAAAAAAAA